CGAUUGAGCGCCCUUGCCCGCGGUGUUCAAACGGUGCCCACGGGAGCUUCAGUGCGAGGCUGCGCAGGUCAUCUGGGGGAGGGGGCGAGGGGGCUUGAACGCACGACUCCUCUCUCUCAAUGUACCUUAAACAGUUAUUUCUCGGCAAAGAAAAAUCAGGGCAAUUCCAGCCAGAAUCCUAAUUGCUUCAUUUUGGAAACAGAUUGAGAGGGCGCGACCCCGCGCAGCCCGUGCCGUGAGGCCGCUAGGGCACCCGAGGUGCCUCCCCGCUGCGGAGCGAGCCUGGACGGCGUCCCGUGGGGAAGAUGAGCAGCACCAGCGCCAGGUCGAGCCACCUGUCUCAGCCGGUCGUGAAGAGCGUGCUGGUGUACCGCAACGGGGACCCCUUCUUCGCGGGGCGCCGCGUCGUCAUCCAUGAGAAGAGGGUGUCCAGCUUCGACGUCUUCCUCAAGGAGGUGACCGGCGGCGUUCAGGCGCCCUUUGGGGCCGUCAGGAACAUCUACACCCCGCGGACCGGGCACCGUAUCCGGAAGCUAGACCAGAUUCAGAGUGGGGGCAACUACGUGGCUGGGGGCCAGGAAGCCUUCAAGAAACUCAAUUACUUGGACAUAGGAGAAAUCAAGAAAAGACCAAUGGAAGUUAUGAAUACAGAGGUAAAACCAGUAAUCCACAGCAGGAUCAAUGUGUCAGCUCGUUUUAGAAAACCGCUUCUGGAACCCUGCACUAUCUUCUUAAUUGCAAAUGGAGAUCUCAUAAACCCAGCUUCACGACUCCUCAUCCCUAGAAAGGCCUUGAAUCAGUGGGAUCACAUACUACAAAUGGUCACAGAAAAAAUAACUCUGAGGAGUGGGGCUGUCCACAGACUUUAUACUUUAGAAGGAAAACUGGUUGAGAGUGGGGCCGAGCUGGAGAAUGGGCAGUUUUACGUGGCUGUCGGCAGAGAAAAGUUUAAGAAAUUGCCUUACGGUGAAUUACUUUUUGACAAGUCAACGAUGAGACGGUCUUAUGGUCAGAAAGCCUCUUCACUACCUCCUAUUGUAGGAUCCAGAAAGUCUAAAGGGAGUGGAAAUGACCGCCAAUCUAAGUCAACAGUCGGAUCCAGCGACAACUCAUCUCCUCAGCCCGCAAAGAGGAAAGGGAAAAAAGAAGACGUGACUUUGGAAAAACCCACGAAAGGGAAGCAAAGUGUAAAGUUAAAGAAUUCGCCACAAACAGUUCCAAACACUGAUGAAGGCGUUUUCAAAGCUGGAGAGGAGAGAUCUGAAACGCGGGGGGCAGCAGAAGUCCAAGAAGAUGAAGAUACUCAGGUUGAGAUUCCAGUGGACCAGCGGCCAGCAGAAAUAGUAGAUGAGGAGGAAGAUGGAGAGAAAGAAAACAAGGAAGUGGAACAGAAGGAAGACUUUUCAGGAUUGAAUGGCGAAGUUGAGGAGGAAGGAGGUAGGGAGGCUGCUGGCGAUGCUCCAGGGCAAGCGGAGGAGACCUCGCAUCCCAGGGCGGAGCAGGCAGGUCCUGCUCGUGGGAGUGGAGCCACUGAUGAAGAAAAUGGCGAGGAACUGGACCAGGUUAAUAAUGAGCUGCGAGAGGCUGUGGACGAGGAAGGGCAGUCUCAAGGAACUGGCAGUGGACCAGAAGAGGCUGACAUGGACCCUCAAAGACCACCAAGGCCAGAAGUAAAAAUCACUAGUCCACAAGAAAAUGAUAAUAAUGAACAAAACAAGGAUAAUCUGUCACAGCAUAGAUGAUAUUUUAAGAAGAGUAUAUAGAUCAUAAGAAAAAUGAAGGGUUAUAAUACUUGAAUAAUAAGUAUAUAGUUAUUGCUAAACAUAAUGUGACAAUACGGUUAAGUACUACCUACUGAAGUUUAAAAUUAGAGGCCUAAUGGAAAGACUAGAUAACUUUGAAUAGCUACUGAAGGCAAGUGACUUCUUUUUAUGGGAUGUGUUUUUAAAAGUCAUUUAGAAAAAUUAAAUAAGAAUGGUGGAGGGGAAUUUGCCCUGGAAGACAAUUGGCCACUUGUCUUUAUAAAGAAGAGAAGAACAGGAUCAUUCCUAUUGUAAACUUUCUUAUAAAUUUAGAGGUAAGAUUAUUAGAUGGCAGUUUAUGCUAAACCACGUACCUAAGAAGGCAUAGAAUUUAAAAAAUCAUAAUAGGAAAGCAUGUACUUUUUUUUUAACCAAUAAACUCUUUUUUUUUCCCCAGCAAUAAACUCUUGAAUAAACAACUUGCAGUUUAGUUUCAGAGAUAAUUUGGAGAUGGCAGUAGACUGAACUGUUUCUGUGUCUUGUUGACAUUCUUUUCUUUCCUCCUCCUGGGCUGAAAUCCACCAUAAAAAAAUGAAAAGGACAAUGCAUGAUACUCAUUUUAGAUGGAGGAAGUGUUCACUCAGUAUAUUCCUGACUAAUAUUGUCAUGCCCCUCCCUUAGCUGCUUCAGGUUUUAAUCCUUAUGGCUUUAAUGACACACACUCAGGAAGAAAUUAACAAGGAACACCUAGUUAUUAUCACUGAGCCUGGCUGGAUGUUUUGCAAAUUCUGGUAUCCUGUGGAUUUUCUCUGAUCCAGUCUACCAUUUCCAAUAAUAUUCCUUUCUUCUCCUUCACAUUAUGGUAUUAGAAGAAAACACAAUAUUGGCUAUUCCAAAGAUUGAAUUCUCUCCAGACAGUUCUUCUUUUAACAAAAAGGACAAGACAAUGUAAUAGAAAAAAAGUAGGCUAUGUGAAGAGUUUGUCACUCCUCAAUAUCAUUGCCUUUUUGCUUUAUUUCUCUUAGGACUGCCUCCUCAUACUUUUUUCCCCUAGGAAUAUCAGCAAAUAUUUAAUUUCAUGGCCAGUUGUAUUUAGGCUUUCAAGCAGAUUCCUUUCUAUAUAAUUAGAAGUUAUAUGAGAGAAAUUGCUGAAAAAAGUUUAAAAAUUAUCGUAAUGAAACCAGCUCCUGAUCACAGAUUUGUGGGUUAAUUAAAUUAACUCAGAUUGCCUUAUUAGGUAUAUACGGGAAAAAACAUAAUCGUAUUAGUAUUUGUUUUUUGAACUCUUAAGAAAUGACGCAGUUCUUCCUUAAAUGUAAAAAUAUUUUCCCAUAUUAAAGAAUA